UCUGAUGUAACAGUCUGCCUGUCCUGUAACUGCUGACAACUUGAAGGCUAGGAGUCGGUGCCUUCACAUCUCCAAAAGCUUUGUGAUUAUCAGAUGUUGGAAAAGCUUAAAUUUCAUCAACAGCCUGGAAUGGACUAAUGAAAGUGGUGAAUGCUUAAUGCAGGGAUAUAGAAGUGGCUUUCAAGACUUAGCACAAAUCUAACAUGUCGUUUAAUGAAGAACAGUUUGAAAAAUUUCUAAAUAGAUCAGAAACAAUUAGUGAAAUUAAAGAUGACUUCAUCUUUGUAAUUCUUACAUCAUUAAACAAAAUAGUGAGACGAGUAAAUGAUCUUGAUAAAUACACUGAAGACUUAUUUGGAAAACUAGAUAAAGAGAUUCAUAGCAUUUCCUUUAAGCUUAAGAUUUUACAAGAAAAUAUAAUCCAGUUAACUGAUGCUAUUACUCAUAAAGUUCCAAAUGAAGUGUUAUCCAUGCAAGUGUGGAAGUCAAGGAAGACUUUUCCAAAUUUAACUAUUGAAACACAGAAAGUACAACAAGUAUACUCCUGCUCAUCAUUGCCUGUUAACAUCUUUGAAAGAAAUAAUGCUAAUAUAGCAAUACCACUUCUUACAGUGCCUUCAUACUACCAAAAUGAUACGGAAGAUUCAAGUUCUUCCGAUGGUUCAUUCCACUCAUGUUUAUAUUGCUCCAAACUUGUAAAAGAAAAUGUAUCUGUGAAUAAAGAACAAACAAGUGAGAAACACAUACAGGACACAAAACUAGACCAUGCUAGUGAACCAACAAAUAUGCUACAGUGUCAAGUGGUGAACGAACAUAUCUCUGUGGAUCACAUUACAUCCUCUGAAAGUGCAGUAUCUCAUUCAUAUUUAGAUAAUACUGAUGGUGGCUCUGUAUUCUACAUUUUUCCACUGAAUAAAAACAAGCUUCAAGGAAAGUCUGUAAAUGACAUCUCAUCUGGUGAGCAAGAAUACUCACAUUAUAAUAUUGGGCAUAUGAGCAAUUCACGUCCUCGUGUCCUUUAUGGAACUGGUAAGGGGGGUGUGGUGCUCAGCCAGCCAUCAUCGUUGCUUCGUUGUAAAACUGAUGUAUUUGUCAACCCCCUAGCACCAGAAGCACCACCGUUACCAUCUGAUUGGCUGACCAAACUUACCAGUUCUGAAAGUCCACCUGCUCAUAGAGUUGUAAGAUCAAUAAGCUCACCAUUAACAUCUUCAUUACUUGUUUGGGAAACUACAACCACCACAACAACAUCUGCUUGCUUAAAGACCACUUCUAGCAUUGAUCUAAAUAUGCCACCUGAUUUCACUUCAAAAUCAGAUUCUCUUGAUAAUCUAAUACCACAGAGCGAAGAUGACAUGAUCCCUCCACUUUCAAUUACUUCACUAAGGAGUGACUCAUGGGAUUCAGUAUCGGAUCUUAUUGACACUGCUUUACCUGUGCAACCACAACAACAUUCCACUUGUCGACCCAUAAAGUCUUUUCCACAAUCAAUUCAAUCUACAAUGUCAUUGCCAGUAUCUCCAUCUAAAUCAAGUUCUACACAUGGACCACUACCAGAAAACCAAGUCCCACAUACAUCAGGGUCUUUGCAUUCCCAAUUGCCAAGAUCUCCCAGGGGACCACAUCAUUCUGUUUUAGUAUCUGCUUCAGCAAGCCCCAAAUCUACUGUGUCACCCUCACCAAGACGUUCGGUGAGUCACUUAACAAAACUUAUUGAAGCACAGUCAAGAACACCCAUGACUAAUCCAAAAGGACAUUUGCAUUCACCACAAUCAAAACUAUGUUUCUCCUCAACAAAAGUUACCACUCUACAAUCAUCAUCUUCUGUGAAAUCAACAUCCGUUUCAUCAUUGUCUUCUACGAGAUCAUCAGUUUCAAGCCAUAGAGCUCUAUCAAUAAGUCAGUAUACAGUAGUGCCAACAUACUCUGGUGCAAAGCAAAAUCCGACAUUCCUGCCAAUAGUGAGCAAAGCAAGGAAAACAUUGAUGGAAGCAAUACGAAAAGGUGUUCGACUACGCAAAACUCGAGAAACCAUACCAAGAAAUGUACCUAAGAUUCCUCAAAAUGAAGCAGAUAUGAUUCGGAUCCGUCGUAAAGCAAUGGGGUAUAAUUCAGGAAAAUCAGAUAGUGAGACGGAAUGGGUUGAAGAUUCGUAA